CAUGCAAGCUUCCACCCACAGUGAAAACCGAAUGGAGAUUUCUGUUUAACACAGGUCCCAAUCUUCAGCAUCUGCUCUUACUGGUAGAUUCAGCUGUAAAUCUUACUUAAAGGAUUGAACUGCUAAGCACAUUUGUAAACAGCACAGGGGAGAGAUUGUUGCUGUUCUAAUGAAAGAAUUUCCUGAAUGUGAAUUGAAUAUCAAAAUGCUAGCAUCUCAGAAGGACCCUCAGUCAGCUAUGAUUCCUAAGUAUUCCAUGAUGGGGCCAUUUAAAGGACACAUGAGCUCUAAAAGCAGCCCAUUCUGUUCUGGUUCUUCUUGCAAACUCUCAACUCAAUACCUUAUUCAAGACCACAUGACGGCACAUUACAGAAAACUGCUGUCCACUAAAGCUGCUGUUGACACAUCUAUACCGAAAACUCUGCUCACCAGCAUUAAAUAUAAUGACCAGCAAAAAAGGGAGAGAUUAAAGGUGGCAAUAAUGAAAUACCAGAAAGAGUUCCAGCAUGUGAUGCUUUCCACCAAUCAUAGAUCGCCUUCCCCAGAGGCAUACAGAAGCUAUUCCCCAGGAGAGACAGUAUUCAUGGACAAAAAUCAGACGAGUAGGUCCAACAGCUACCCAGCCCUGGCCUCUCAAAAAGCAGUGCCACCAGUUGCACAGAGGACACAACUGUCAACACCACUUCGUUUCAGGAGUCUCUCUCCAAUUCCUUCUCCUGUCUCCAUUGCAAGGGAGACUAUGCAAGAUAUAGCACUGCAUGCUUCCUCAGGAUGCAGAUCUCGGACACCUACCAGGUCUUUCAUGCCACACAGCAACUCAGUGAAAUAUAUAGCUGGAAAGAGCAUAAAGAAAUCCUUAACUCCUCACAACAAAACCUACAGUGGAGAUGUCCUUGAUAAACACCCAAAAUCAUUCACAAGAAUUGACCAGCCUUUCAUACCUCGGACUUUGAAGAAAGCAUCCAAGUCGUUUUUGUCCAAGUACCGAUACUAUGCACCUCCUAAGAAGGUGACACCAAAAUCUGCUAACAGGCCUGCAGAUGUUCCACAACUUCAGUUUAAGAGAUACCAAAGCAGUCGAAGUUUACAUGAUGAUCAGGAAUAUGAAGAAAUUCUGUGGGGUUUCAGAUCAGCUCCUCCUAAACGAGAACUUAUUGCAAGGGAAGAAGAACUCAGAUAUCUGCAAUUUCUGGAAGGAGUAACAAGUGACAUUUUACUUAGAGGAUGCUACUCAAACAAGAUUUUGGAAGGCAUUUUCCAAAAGCACAUAGAUAGAAGAAGAUAUGAUCUCAGUGAGGUAAAGAUGAGAAACAUUUUGGAAGACCUGAAGAGACACUUAAACAGUACCAGCUGUCAACUAGAUUUCUCCAUUAGUUACACUGGUGAACACCGAUGUGGUGUUCCUCUGGCAGAUUCUAAAGUUUUUGCUGCAGAUACAUUUAAAAGUGCAGACUUAAAUAGAACCUUUGACCAGAGUGAGUUGUACUAAGCUGGGAGCCUUAGUUAUAGAAACAGCCUAGGAACGGCCCUAAAAAUUAAUGAGAUUGAACAGUUGAGGGCAACUCUGGCAAAGACACUUUCUGCAGCAAAAGAUGCAAAUUGAUAAAAACGAACUACAUUAAAUAUAAACAAGAGUUAAUUACCUUGAAUGCCAGUCUACCGCAACAUGAUUUAUAAAGAAUAUAUUUAUUUGCAGUGGUAAGUAGUUUUGCAGCAAGAAUUGCAUAUUAAUAUGUAUAAAACUUUUUGUCACAAAUAAAGUAAUGAGAAAUCUUUUAAAGAUGUCAGACUUUUUUUUUACAUCCAUGUUAGCAGAGAAAUAUGAGCUCAAAUUUAUUAGCAUUUUAAAAGGUCAAAGACAAAACUGUACAGUCAUAAACCAGCUUUAAAAGGGUAGGAUUAACAUUUUUGUAAAGGCUAAGGUUGCUUAAACUUUUUUGUACAUCUUAUAUAAAAAAAUGGACUGUAACAAUUGUUUAUCCAAAUGACAGUUUGAAUUGUAUGUACAAAUAUGAUGAUUUACUACUGUAAGGUUUUAUAUAAAUUGUAAUAAUUUUAUGUGCCCCUUUAAAUCAUUGAAACUCUGUCUCUGAACAUUGUGUGAUGUUCCUGUUUAAUGUAAGGUUUUUUUUUUUUUUUUAAAUCUACUGCUUAGCGCUGCCCUGUCCUUGUAGCUAUGUAAAUUUACACCCAACUUGAGGUGCCUCCAUGUCUGAAAAUCAUGAUAAAAAACAGUUUUUUCAUAAUUCAAAGAGCAACUGUGACCUUGGACAGAUGACCCUUGUUUAUGCAUGAGUUGUAUCUACUUAAAAAAAAAAACUGGUUCCAAUCCACACACUUCUGCUAGGAGUGGCUCACUGUGCCUUUGGUGCCGCAUCUCAGAGCACCUGCUGGUGCUCCUCCAGUGAAGGGGGACCAACUCGGUUCAUUAGUGAAAGGAGAUUUCGACUCCCUCUAGGUGUAGUUCCACACCCAAUAGGCUGUAAUUUGCUAAGUAUAUAAACACUAGAACCACCACGGUUAUACUCAUACCUAAAACCGCCACUGGCAGUCAUUACGACAGUUACAUUUUAAACAACAUCAAUAUUAAAAUGAAAGACAAACCAUUGGAUACAACUCAAAAGUUUUAUUCAAAGCACAUCAUAUCUCAGCUGAAACACCAUAUUUAAAUGAACAAUUAAAUAUAAAAGGGUUUAUUUUCUAACUUACCAUAUAUAAAGUGCUACUUCAUAAAAUGAAAAACUAUAAUAAAAUAAACAUUUCAAAAGAAAUUAGUGUGUAAACAGGUAUAUGUACAUACAAAACUGUAAAAACAGAAUUAUUUUUUUAAUUUAAAACAAAAGUAACAUAUGUUUUCUCUUGCAUGUGUCAGUCAGUGCAGCACUGAAUCGAGGUUCAGCUGAAGCAACCUGCUGCUUUGCAGUUUUCUGAUCGAAAUGUUUCUGCCGAAGCACUGUGUCUUCAAGGUUAAAUCUCUCCCCCUGAUAUUUCCCCUGUGCAUUCCUUGUACAAAAUGAAGGAAUUGAUGACUGCUAGGUCCAGUAGA